AUACCCCCUCCUCCCCCUUCUGAAAUCCAGUCGGUCAGUCUCUUCGGUUUGCAGUGCCCUGGGUUACCCCACUCGUUCCUUGGUUUGAUUCCUGCUUCGUCUCCAGCAGCAGUCAGUGCAGUCUUUACUUGUCUACUUUACCGGAUCAUACAUAUAUCGUUCGUCGGCUUCCUCUCGUUGGUUAUCGUCACAUACCCCAUAAGUACUCCAUACAACACCGCCACACCGCCAUACCACAUACCAUACCAAGCAAUAGAAUGGCCCUGGCACCACCCACAACACACGCAGCACACGCCGCUCUUCCCUCACUAUCCACGCUGAUCCAAGGAAUGCCACCGCAGGAGGCCACUCCGCAUCCCCAAAAGCCCUCAGCCGACAUGACCAGCCCAUUCGAGUCCUACCAGCAGCACCACCAGCAGCACCAGCACCAGCACCAGCAGCAGCAUCAAGUCCAGCACCUCUCCAUGCCCAAGCCUUUGCUCGCGCACAGCACCCCGCCAAACUUUGAGAUCCUCGAAUGCGACUCCAGCAGCACUCCCAGCACCACACCCGGCUGCAGCGGCGGCAGUAGCAGCUACUCAAUGCCCAGCCCGAUCUCUCCGCGCACCACGCGCUGCCCGUCGCUCACAAACAGCAUAUACUCCUCCGCGUCGUCGAGCACGACGCCGUCGCUGCCCGCGCGCAGGAGCAGCCCCAACAGCAGCAGCAGCAACAGGGGGAGCUUCACCAUCUCCACCGCCGCCGGCACCACCGCCGCCACAGCCGCCGCCUCCACCACUGCCGUCACAGGCCGCGACAUCCUCCGCUACACCCACGACCGCACCAUCAAGCCGGUGGUGUACACGUCCAUUCUGCCGCACGUGUACUCCGCCCUCCACACCCACCCUUCCCACGCCCACCCUUCCCACGCCCCCCACCACGCCCCCCACCUGCCCCACCACCCAUCCCACCCCCACCACCCCUUUCCCCCCCACCACGCCCAUCACCACCACGAGGAGAAGUUAUCCAAACACGAAAAACGCCGCCGCAACCACCUGAAUUCCGAAAAGAAGCGGCGCGAGAACAUCAAGAGCGGCAUGGACGCGCUGUUCCAGCUGGUGCCGGCGUGCCGCGACCAGCAGGAGAGUAAGGCGAAUAUCCUCCGCAAGACAAGGGAUUAUAUACUCGAGCUGCAGGGCGCGGUGGGCGCGGUCGAGGCGGAGUGUAGACGCCUUGCUGCGGUGGGGGUGCAGGAGGAGGGGUGGGGGGAGGGGAGGCGGAGGACGGUUGCGGGACAGACGGGGCAGGGGCAGGGGAAGUCGAGGUCCAGGCUUUAG